AUGGGCGCGCAAAGGACCCUCAUCGAAGCAGUCGAGAGCGGCAACGCGACCGUCGUGGCCAACCUGCUCCGCGACGGCGCCGACCCAAACGCCCUUGACGAGAUGAAGCAUCCGAUGUUGGCCGUCGCUGCGCUGCAUGGCCACACGAAGGUUGUCAAGACGCUUCUCGAGGCACAGGCGGCUGUGGACGCAAAGACACCGGGCGGGGCCACGCCACUGGUCCUUGCGAUCAGCAAAGGGCACGGAGACGUUGUGGAGCUGCUUGUGGCAGCUGGUGCGGCCGUCAACGAGCGCCUCUCGUGGGGAGGCUCGGCGCUGACCGUCGCUGCUAAAUCAGGUCAUGAAGCCGUUGUCCAGCAGCUGCUCGACAACGGUGCGUCCUUGGACAUUCUGACGCUGGACAAGGAGACGCCGCUCAUGUACGCAGCAAUGUCGGGCAACGUUGCCGUCGGCGAAAUGUUGCUUGACGUUAAGAACAACGCCUCGGAUCUCAACAGAUUCGGCUGCAGUGCGAUGCAUUAUGCGGCCUCACAUGGACAUGCAGCCAUGCUUCGCGCGCUCGUGAGCGCCGGCGCAAACCUCGACGUCCUCGCGUCGGUACGUCCAUGA